AUGGCUUCUGCUACUCAAACAGAGGAGCAUGUGCAGUUGAAACUUCUUGUUAAUGAAGAGAGUAAUAAAGUUGAAUUGGCUGAAGCAGGGAAGGACUUUGUCGACAUUCUCUGUAGCUUCUUAACAAUACCAUUAGGAACCAUUGCUAGACUUUCGCAGAAGGAUUCAAACAUGGGACCUGUCACAGUUGGUUGUCUUAACUCACUUUAUCAAAGUGUGUCAAAUCUUGACGAGUGUCUGUGGACAAAUACAAACAAAGAAUUGUUGUUGUAUCCGAGGAACUCAUCCGAAGAAUAUUGCAGUACACUUAAGUUUAACAUUGAUGAUCUUGAGUCCACGGAAUACUUCAUGUGUGGUAACAAAUACUGUGGUCGGGAAAAUCGUCAUUAUUAUGCCGGACAUGGUUAUAUUCUGAGCACAUCUGCAUAUCAUGAAUGUCCGCGCUGUAAGAGUCAUUGCAACCGUUCGAUUUUCCUGAAACCUUACUGCAAAGGAUUUGUUAACAGUGUUGCUACUUUUGUCAUUACUGAGGAUUUAACUAUCAUGCCGAACUCCAUGGUUCAUACAAGCUUUUCUCUGCUCCAGAAUUCUGGAAUAAGCACAAGUUCUGCAAAAGAAAUUACUGUCAAUGUCACUCAAGAAAAGGUGCUGGAUAUUUUAAAAUGUGCUUUGGUUUCUAAGUCACCUAUGACUGAUGUGUUUCUAGGAAAGAAACCGUCCAUAGCGAGACAUUUGUUUUUCCCUUGUAAUUUUGAUAACAGUAGCGAUAUUCAAUUCACGCUGCAGUUAGUUAUAAGAAAAUCAGAUGGAAAUAUAUUGUUUGCUCAUGGAGAAAAAGACUUUGCAGAUUUACUAUUAAGUUUUCUCACAUUUCCCUUGGGAGGUGUUAUACAUAAUUAG